AUGGCCUCAUCCACAACCCCCCGACCCGUCCUCAAGCAGCCCGUCAAGCUCGCCUGCGUACAACUCGCCUCAGGGUCCGACAAGACCGCCAACCUGGAACACGCAGCCGACAAAGUACGCGAAGCGGCUACCACAGGCGCCAAGAUCGUUGUCCUACCGGAGUGCUUCAACUCGCCCUACGGCUGCGAGCACUUCCCCUCCUACGCCGAGACCCUCCUCCCCUCCCCGCCGACCCCGUCCCAAUCGCCCUCCUUCCACGCGCUCUCGGCCAUGGCGCGCGACAAUAAAGUCUACCUGAUCGGCGGCUCGAUCCCGGAACAGGUUAAUACCACCACUGCCGCAGCCGACGGCGACGACAAAAAGACCUCCUAUUACAACACCUCCCUCAUCUUCUCCCCCACGGGCGCCCUUCUCGCCACACACCGCAAGGUCCACCUCUUCGACAUCUCCAUCCCCGGCAAGAUCACCUUCCGCGAGUCGGACGUGCUCUCGCCCGGCAACAAGCUCACCCUCGUCGACCUGCCCGAGUACGGCUCGGUGGCCGUCGCCAUCUGCUAUGACGUGCGCUUCCCCGAGCUGGCCACCAUCGCCGCCCGUAAGGGGUGCUUCGCGCUCGUGUAUCCCGGAGCGUUCAAUUUGACGACGGGACCCCUGCAUUGGCGGCUUCUGGGCCAGGCGCGGGCCGUGGACAAUCAGUUGUACGUCGCGCUGUGUAGCCCCGCGAGGGACAUGAGCGCCGGGUAUCACGCGUGGGGCCAUAGUCUGGUUGUGGAUCCCAUGGCGCAGGUCAUGGUGGAGGCUGGGGAGAGGGAGGAGGUUGUGGUGGCUGAGCUGGAUGGGGACAGGAUUGAGGAGGCGAGGAAGGGGAUUCCGCUACGGGAUCAGAGGAGGUUUGAUGUGUAUCCUGAUGUGAGUCAGGGGAACGUGAAUUUUGAGGAGCCAUAG